UGAGAAACCAAAUAGUCCACAAUGGACGCCGCUGCAUCAAAGGCAGACGAAGAAAAGUCUCGCCAUGCGCGGCGGACAAAGGUCAAACAACAGAACGCAAACCGGGACACGCCAGACUCUGCAAAAUUGGACUCAUCCCUCAAGCGACACACUGCGCUCAUCAAACGCAUGCGUCAGACUGUAGGCUCGGAUAACCGCGACCAAAUCGUCAAGGAUAUAGACACACUUUCGCUCGAGAAGUAUGUCGAUGAGAUCGCAGGUGCAACACUCGAAGGCAUUGCUCGCUGCAAAACGGAGAAGGACGUAUGGAGUGCGGUUGAGAUUAUAUGUGCGCUGCAUCGUCGGUUCCCCGCUGCGUACACUGGCGCCCUCAUUCCACUUCUUGGCGGAGUCCUUGCUCCUCCCAACAAGGCUGCGCUUUCUGCCCUUCCGCAGGAUCAGCGAGAGAAGGAGGACUCGGUGCGGCUUUCUCGUCAGCGCCCUGUGCUCCGCGUGUGUGCGGAGUUAGCCCUUGUCGGGAUUAUCAGAGAUGGGCCGGGUCGAAGCGGGGGAGAGUGGAUUAUGAAAGCGGUCAAGGACUUGCUCUCCAAUGAUCCGACACUCUCCUCGCUGCCUUUGUUAUCUACCUUCCUGAAGAACUACUCGAGGCCGUACCUUGGUAUUGUGCCGCCCCAACCGAAGCAGUCGCAGACGGAUGCAGAGUCAGGGCAGGCGGCGUCAUCAGCGCAAAGCGAGGUCCAAUCACACUUCCCUCCCAUCGUCCAUGAAGGAGAAGAGCUAGUCGAGCAGGAGAUUAGGGAUAGGUUCAAGCGCAUGUGCGAAGGGUACUUUGAUAAUGUCGCAAAGAAGUUGGUCAUCGAGCACAAGCGCUUGCAAGAUCAAGAUAGAAGGAAUCACGAAGCAUAUAUUCGAUCUGGAGAAAUCUUCGAAGAUAGACAGCAAGCGUAUGAGAAGAUGACUAAGAGCUACGAAAAGUUGCUUUCGAACUGCCAAACACUCUCAGAGCUGCUUUACAUGCCUAUGCCCUCCUUGCCGACUGCGUCGCAGAAGACUGAGUCUAUUCAAAUAGGCACCAACACCGGACUACAUUCCGGCGAUGAUGACGAGGGCUUGUCGGUAGGAGGCAAAUGGGAAGACGAAGAAGAACGUCGAUUCUUUGAGGACAUCCAAGACUUGAAGGACUUUGUACCAAAGAGUGUUCUCGGAAUAGAGGGAGAGAAGCAGGAAGAUACCGAGGGUGACGAAGCGAAGGAAAAGCUGGAAAAGGAGCGGGCGGAAGCAGACGUGAAGAAACUUCAGGAGGAGCUGCAGGACCUCAAGCUCGAUGGCAAACCACCUCAACCAAACGGAGAUACAGUUCAGGAGAAUCGGGUGAAUGGCCAUGAUGGUGAAAAGACACCUGAUCUCGAGUCUCCGAAGGCGGGCAGCCCCCCUGGAUCGCCUCAGCUUGCUCCUCAAGGCCCGUCCCAGAUGCUUACUGCUCUGCUGGCUCGCCUUCCUGAUGCCACCAACCGAGCUAUGAUCGAUCAAGCUGCAGUUGAAUUCACCUUUUUGAACUCGAAAGCAGCCAGGAAGCGUCUUGUGAAGUUUCUGGGCUCUGUUCCUAAGAAUCGCACGGACUUGCUCCCUCAUUAUUCUAGGUUAGCCGCGACGCUCAACAAGUACAUGCCAGAUAUCGGGACAGAGCUGGUUGCCAUUCUCGACGAAGAGUUCCGAUAUUUGCAACGCAAGAAGAAUGUUGUCAAGGAACUGGCAGAGACCAGGAUCAAGAAUAUUGCAUUCUUGUCCAAUCUCACCAAGUUUUGCGUCGUUCCUUCGCACCUUAUCCUCCAUAUGUUCAAAGUCUGUCUGGAUGACUUUUCGGGAACGAAUGUAGAGAAUAUUGCUCUGCUGCUGGAAGGUUGCGGUCGAUUCCUGCUGAGAAGCGAGGAUACACGAGCGAGGUUCGAGACGAUGCUUGAGUUGAUGAGACGGAAGCAAAGCAUGCAACAUUUCGACCAACGACAAAUUCUUCUUCUCGAGAAUGCAUAUUACCAGUGCAACCCUCCUGAACGCGCCCCUAGAGAAGAAAAACAGAGGACCCCUAUCGAGCUUUUUAUGCGUCACCUAAUCUUCGAUGUCCUUGCAAAGAAGACGAUUGACAAGGUGCUCAAGCUCAUUCGCAAGCUUGACUGGGACGAUCCUGCGGUGGUGCGGAGUUUACAUAAAAUAUUCACGAAACCAUGGAAGAUCAAGUACAUCAACAUUAGUCUUCUUGCCAUGCUGACCUACGACCUGCAACGUUAUCACCCAUCUUUUGCGAUCGCCGUGGUUGAUCAGGUCCUUGAAGACGUUCGCAUAGGGUUGGAGCAGAAUAUUUAUGGCGCGAACCAACGGCGGCUCGCCACCAUGAAAUACUUGGGGGAGCUUUACAUCUAUCGCGUGGUAGGCUCUGCGCUGGUGUUUGAUACGCUGUGGUCCUUGGUUACGUUCGGACAUCCUGACGGACAUCCAACCCCUCACGGACCUUGUCCUAUGGACAUGCCCGAUGACUUUUUCCGCGUGCGACUUGUCUGUGUCAUGUUGGACACCGUCGGGAUGUGCUUCGAUCGAGGCACCCAGAAGCGCAAGUUGGAUAACUUCCUCGUUUUCUUCCAGUAUUAUGUUUUGUGCAAAAGCGACACUCCUAUGGACGUCGAUUUCAUGCUCUCUGACUCUUUGGAGGCUAUACGUCCUAAUAUGCCCACACACAAGAACGUUGCCGAGGCUGCCGUUGCCGUUGAUGAAAUGUUUGAUGUGGCCAUGCAAAAUGCAGGAUUGAAAAAUUCCGAGGAUAGCGCUGAAGAAAGUGACGGAGAGGACGGAGACAGACCCAUUAGGGAAGACGAAGAUGACGAGGAAUCGACAGAACAGGAGACCUCCGAUGGCGAACGUACGGCAUCUCCGGAGCCGGUCGUUGUCCGCAAUGCGCCAGAGCAUCUUGGUCCCUCUGAAGAAGCAGAUGCCGAGUUCGCGAAAGAAUUAGCGAGGAUCAUGACUGAAUCAUCUGCUGAAUCCCGCAAAGUCGACAAGAAGGCGGCUUGGUGGGAUACAGCAGUUCUCGCUCCAGGUAUGCGUAAGAAACGCACGGAUGAUCCCGAUGGCGAGGGCGAUGGGGACUCCGGCACCGAAGGACCUGUCAUGAAUUUUACUGUCAUUACUAAGCGUGGCAACAAGCAGCAGCUCAAGCAUCUUCCCGUUCCCGUCGAGUCGUCGCUGGCUGUUCACACUCGCUCUGCACAGCUUCAGGACAAAGUCGAGCAACAGCAUCUGAAGCGUUUGGUCUUGAACUACGAGCAACGUGAAGAAGCUGAAGAGAUGAAAGCUCUCGAAGCUCGCAACCGCGCCGGUGCUAUCAAGAUUCGUUACGUCGGAUGACCCGAAUCUUCACGCUGACUAUCAAGAAGCACUAUCGAAGCACGACACUGCUAUUGCCGAGCGCAUCUCGUCGCCGGGCCCCGUCGCUACCUGCUCUGCCUACCUUUUGGCGACUUGCCUUGAGCUUCCCGAAGAAGUUCUGGCCGGAUGCCCCGCUUCUCGUCUGCAGCACUGACCGGCAGACGGCAGGGCGGCCGGCAGUCAAUCGCCCAGACAUUUUCAGGCGUCCGUCUUCGGAAUGGAAAGGCCAGACUGUUAUUAUGAUACUAUUGAUCCGUAUGCACACAUAGAUAGGCGUUGAUAUUAUGCACACUACUUCUUGAUAACUUGGGAAUGUCAACCUCAGAAUGAAUGGGCUUUGCGACGU